GUUUGAAAAAAAAAAAAAAAAUGUAAACAAUGAUGAAUUUCAGGAUUCUUUUCAAGUUUUAACAGGAGCAAUCCCCUGGCCCUGUGCAUGAUCUCAGAUUGUCAAACGUUGUCACAGGUUAACAUCGUUUAGAUUUAGCAGGAUUAUAAAAUCAUCAGGAUGGCACAACACCUUCAGGAAAUCAUCUCACAGUUUGUCACUAGCCUUAAAAACAAGAAUGAAGAUGUCAGGAAUAAGGCUGCGAUGGAUCUGUACCGCUUUGUGGUCACUGAGCUAAGGGAAAUGCCCUCGGAGUACCACACUACAUUUAUGGAUAAAUUCAAUCAUUUUAUCUUCGAGAUGGUAUCUAGCUCUGAUAUGAACGAACGUAAAGGUGGCAUAUUGGCAAUAGUUAGUCUCACAGGAGUUGACGUUGGAAAUACUUCCACCAGAAUCAGCAGAUUUUCAAAUUACCUACGGAACCUUCUUCCCUCCAAUGAUGUAUCAGUGAUGGAGAUGGCAGCUCGUGCUGUGGGUUGGCUUGCUUACUCUUCAGGGUCGUAUGCUGCGGAGUAUGUAGAACAUGAAGUGAAGCGUGGACUUGAGUGGUUAACUGGUGAUAGACAGGAGAGUAAACGAUUAGCUGCUGUUCUGGUGCUGAAGGAAUUGGCUGUUAACACUCCUACAUUCUUUUUUCAACAAGUUCAACAGUUUUUUGACUGCAUUUUCAAUGCUGUAAGGGACCCUAAGCCAAAUAUUCGAGAAGGAGCAGUGGCAGCUCUGAGAGGAGCCCUGGCAGUAACUUCACAGCGGGAGAGCAAGGCCACACAGAAGGCACAGUGGUACAAGCAAUGUUAUGAUGAGGCAAUGAAGCUGUUUGAUGAGACACAAGGACGAGAGAGGAAACUAUCUCGAGAUGACUGGGCUCAUGGUUCACUUCUCAUCCUAAAUGAGCUACUGAGAUGUAGUAACAUUGAGGGGGAGAGACUAAGAAUGGAAAUGGAAGACAUAACAACUCAGCAAUAUCGACACGAAAGAACUCUAAAGGAGAUGUCAAAGACACACAAAUCUCCCUCCAGUUCUCUCACCCUGCAGCAGUUCCAACAAAAAGCAUUCCCCAUCAACAACUUUAUGUCUGGAAACCGGCAAAACCAACAGAAAAUCAGCUUUGAAAGUCGCACUUGUAAACAGUUAGUGGAGAGUCACUUUGACAAGGUGUGUGCCUUACUCCUGCGACACAAAAACAGUAAGAGUGUGCACAUUCAGCUGAUUCUACAGGUCAUAUUUCCACGUCUUGCAGCCUUUAGAUCACAAGAAUUCUCCAAGCUAUACUUGGACGAAACAAUCAGCUUCCUUUUGGGUUCCCUGAAGACAACACGAGAUAAAACAGCCACCUUCCAAGCCAUUGGGCUUCUAGCCAUCUCAGUACAGGACAACAUAGUCAAAUAUCUACCCGGGAUUCUGGAGGUCGUCAGGGCUUCCCUCCCCCCAAAAGACUUACCUGCCAAGAAGCAGAAGAAUAUAGUGGUGGAUCCAACUGUUUUUACCUGUAUUAGCAUGUUAGCCAGAGCAGUGGGUCCAGCUAUGAUUAAGGAUGUUAGAGACCUAUUAGACUCCAUGUUUGCAACUGGUUUAAGCCCAGCCUUGACAGCUGCCUUGCGUGACCUUGCAAUACAGAUACCACAGCUUAAAAAGGAGAUUCAGGAGGGACUUCUGAAGAACCUGUCCCUCAUUCUGAUGGGGAGACAACUCAGACACCCUGGGGCACCCAAGAGUCCCCUGCAGUCACUUCCAUUGUCAGCCUCCCUCACAAAUCUAGUAGAUGUUCAAGAUGCCACAAGCAUUACGCUAGCAUUAAAAACUCUUGGAAGUUUUGACUUUGAAGGUCACUCCUUGACCCAGUUUGUACAACACUGUGCGGAGCAGUACCUGUCCAGUGACCAUAAAGAAAUACGGAUGGAAGCUGUUCGCACCUGUGCCAGACUUCUGACACCUCUGCUGCAGUUAUUGGCCAACAGCCAGGGACAGAUCAGUAUAGCUGCCAUGAACACGGUGGCGGAGGUGUUGCACAAACUGCUGGUGGUUGGAAUCACGGACACAGACUCUGACAUACGAUAUUGUGUUUUGGUUUCCAUGGAUGACCGAUUUGACCCACAUCUGGCACAGGCAGAGAAUUUAUCAGCCUUGUUUGUAGCCCUGAAUGAUGAAGUCUUUGAAAUCCGCGAGUUAGCUAUUUGUAUUAUUGGUCGUCUUAGCAGUAAAAACCCAGCUUAUGUCAUGCCAUCUCUAAGGAAAACGCUCAUUCAGAUCAGAACAGAGUUGGAGUACAGUGGAGUGGGAAGAAAUAAAGAACAAGCAGCCAAAAUGCUGGGACACCUGGUGGCCAACGCAGCCCGCCUGGUCCGUCCAUACAUGGAGCCCAUACUGAACGCUCUGAUUCCAAAACUGAAGGAGCCUGAUCCCAAUCCUAAUGUUACCAUCAGCGUUCUAGUUGCAAUAGGCGAACAGGCACAGGUGAGUGGCAUCGAGAUGAGGAAGUGGAUGGAUGAAUUACUUCCCUUGAUCCUAGAAAUGUUGCAGGAUUCCUCCUCCUUACAGAAGAGAGAGGUGGCGCUAUGGACUUUGGGACAGCUUGUAGAGAGUACAGGGUACGUGAUCGAGCCUUACAAACGCUAUCCUUCAUUGUUGGAGGUCCUUCUCAACUUCCUGAAAACAGAGCAGGCUACAGGAAUCAGGAGAGAAGUAAUACGUGUGCUUGGCCUGCUGGGUGCCCUAGAUCCACACAAACAUAAGAUGAACCAAGGCGUGAUUCAGAGAACAGAAACUAAUGCUGUCAGUAUGUCUGAAACGAAACUGACCUCUGACAACACUCAACCUGAGAAUACGAGUGAAAUGUUAGCCAACAUGAGUGCUUCCACCACACUGGAGGAGAUCUACCCAGCCAUUGCCAUAGCAACACUGAUGCGGAUUAUCCGAGAUGGGUCUUUGUCCCAGCAUCAUACCAUGGUGGUUCAGGCAAUUACAUUCAUCUUCAAGAGUCUGGGGAUUAAGUGUGUUCCAUACAUUCAGCAGGUCAUUCCAGCUUACCUGGCAGUCAUCCGCUCAGCGGACCAGACAUUUAGAGAGUUCUUGUUUCAACAACUGGGAGUGAUCAUUGCUAUUGUCAAACAGCACAUCAGGAAUUACUUAGAUGAUAUAUUUGCCAUAGUAAAGGAGUACUGGAGCCCAAACAGCACGAUGCAGAACACAAUCAUCAACCUUGUGGAGCAGAUUGUGACGGCCCUGGGGACAGAGUUCAGGAUCUACCUCCCACAAAUCAUACCGCAGAUCCUCAAGGUCUUCAUGCAGGAUUCCAGCGAGAACAGGGCAGUCACUGGAAAGUUGCUGAAUGCUCUACAGUUAUUUGGUGCCAACCUUGAUGACUACCUCCAUCUAUUACUCCCUCCUGUGGUGAAGUUGUUUGACAGUCCUGAUGUACCUCUUUCUGUCAAAAGAACUGCCCUAGAAACAGUAGACAAAUUGACCUUCACCCUUGACCUAACAGAUUUUGCCUCUCGUAUCAUCCACCCUUUGGUGAGGACCCUGGAUUCGGUUCCUGAGCUACAGAGCACUGCCAUGGAUACCCUGUGUGCCAUGGUGAUGCAGAUGGGACCAAAGUUCACCAUUUUUAUUCCCAUGGUCCAACGAGUUAUACAAAAACACAAAAUAGCUCACCAGAGAUACUUUAUCCUGAUGGCUCGUAUACUCAAGGCAUCCACAAUUGCUGAAGAGGAAGAUGAUCCAAUUCUUUUGAAGCACAGGAAAAAUCGGGGGAAGGCAUCGGAAUCAAGUGACUCUUUGGCAGAAACAGCUGUGAUCAAAAAGCUGCAUGUCAGCUUCACAAACCUUCAAAAGGCAUUAGAGGCUGGAAGGAAGGAAUCUAAAGAGGACUGGAUGGAAUGGCUGAGGAGACUCAGUAUAGAACUACUGAAGGAGUCACCAUCUCCUGCACUACGCUCCUGUUGGGCACUGGCACAGACAUACAACUCACUGGCCAAGGACUUGUUCAAUGCUGCAUUUGUGUCCUGCUGGACUGAGUUGACAGAAGCUCAACAGGAUGAACUCAUUCUCAGUCUGGAGCAAGCUCUGACAUCGCAAGAUAUUCCCGAGAUUACUCAAACUCUACUGAAUCUCGCAGAAUUCAUGGAACACUGUGAUAAAGGCCCGUUGCCAUUAGACACAUCAUUGUUGGGAUCCCGAGCGAUGAAGUGUCGAGCUUAUGCAAAGGCUCUACAUUACAAAGAAGAAGAAUUCCACCGAGGACCCACCACAGCUACUCUGGAAUCUCUGAUCAGCAUUAACAACAAACUCCAACAGCCUGAGUCGGCCUCGGGUGUUCUACAGUAUGCACAGAAUCACAGGACUGAUGUGAGGGUACAGGAGAGCUGGUAUGAGAAGCUCCAUGAAUGGAAUAAGGCCCUGGAAGCUUACGAGAAGAAACAGGAGGAGAGAUCGGAAGAUUUCAGCCUGACACUCGGCAGAAUGCGCUGCCUGGAGGCGCUGGCUGAAUGGGGCCAGCUCCAUCAGAUCGCUUGUGAAAAAUGGGGAACUAGCAGUGACGAGAAUAGGACAAACAUGGCGAGGAUGGCAGCCUCUGCAGCCUGGGGACUAGGUCAGUGGGACAGUAUGGAGGAGUACAUGUGCUUGAUCCCGCGGAACAGCUACAAUGGGGCGUUUUAUCGAGCUGUGUUUGCCCUCCAUACAGAAAACUACCAGCUAGCUCAACAGUGUAUUGACAAAGCUCGAGACAUUCUUGACACUGAACUAACAGCUAUGGCUGGAGAGAGCUAUAACAGAGCUUAUGGUGCCAUGGUGAAUGUUCAGAUGCUGUCAGAGCUGGAGGAAGUGAUGCAGUUUAAACUGGUCCCCGAGCGCCAGGAGGCCAUUAAGCAGAUGUGGUGGGACCGUUUACAGGGCUGUCAGCGCGUAGUGGAGGACUGGCAGAAAAUCAUCCAGGUCCGUUCACUCGUCGUGUCUCCACUGGAGGACAUGAAAACAUGGCUAAAAUACGCCAGCUUGUGCAGAAAAAGUGGACGGUUGGCAUUAUCAAAUAAGACUCUAGUAAUGCUGUUGGGUAUGGAUCCUGCUAAAAGCCCUGAUAACCCAAUUCCUACCACUAACCCACAGGUCACCUUUGCAUAUCUCAAACACAUGUGGAAGAACAAUCAAAAGACAGAGGCAUAUAGUAAAUUGCAACACUUUGUUCAACACUCACUGCAAACUCGAGCCCUUCAGCUCAUUACUCCUGAAGAUACCCAACAGAGAAGUCAACUCAACAGAUUACUAGCCAGGUGUUAUCUGAAGCUGGGAGACUGGGCAGAGACUCUAGAUAGAGUGAAUGAGGACUCGGUGACCCAGAUUUUGGAGUACUACAGUCUGGCAACAGAGUAUGACAAGUACUGGUACAAGGCCUGGCAUGGAUGGGCUUUAAUCAAUUAUGAGGCAGUCUUAUUCUACAAACAGUCAGAGAAGACAGGCACUCACCCUCAGUCCCCAGGGGACAUAGGAUCAAUGCGGGGGGACGCCCCACUCUCUCCAAAGACUGACACUAGUGUAUCGACAACCUCCAAGAUGCACAAAUACUGUGUUUUGGCUGUUCAAGGAUUCUUCAGGUCGAUUUCUCUGUCUCAGCAUAAAAGUUUACAAGACACUUUGAGAUUGCUGACAUUGAUGUUCGACUAUGGACAGUGGCUAGAGGUGUAUGAGGCAUUAAACGAGGGAAUUAAAACCAUACAGGUGGAGAACUGGUUACAGGUAAUUCCUCAGUUGAUCGCUAGAAUUGACAUUCCUAGGCCCCUCGUAAGUCGACUAAUUAAUCAGCUCUUGAUUGACAUUGGAAAAGCACAUCCACAGGCCUUAAUUUACCCUUUGACGGUGGCUUCAAAGUCUAAUGUUCCAGCUCGCCAGACAGCUGCCAACAAAAUCCUCAAAAAUAUGUGUGAACACAGUAACACCCUGGUACAGCAGGCCAUGCUGGUGAGUGAGGAGUUAAUACGAGUGGCUAUUCUCUGGCACGAGUUGUGGCAUGAAGGUUUGGAAGAAGCCUCUAGACUGUACUUUGGGGAGCGAGACAUUAAAGGCAUGUUUUCUACACUGGAACCACUACAUAACAUGGUGGAACGUGGCCCCCAAACUCUUAAAGAAACUUCAUUUAAUCAGGCAUAUGGACGUGAUUUAAUGGAGGCACAAGAGUGGUGUAGAAAAUACCAGAGGUCUGAAAAUGUGAAGGACCUGACUCAGGCCUGGGAUCUGUACUACCAUGUGUUCCGCCGGAUAUCCAAACAGCUGCCUCAGCUGACAUCCCUGGAGCUGCAAUAUGUCUCCCCAAAACUUCUCCGCUGUCAGGAACUAGAAUUAGCCGUCCCUGGAAAAUACGAACCUAACCAACCCAUCGACAAAAUCCGACGCUGCCAAAGCUCUCUCCAAGUCAUCACUUCCAAACAGAGACCCAGAAAACUCAGUAUAUUCGGAUCUAGUGGAUUGGAAUACAUGUUUUUGCUGAAGGGACACGAAGAUCUGAGACAAGAUGAACGUGUCAUGCAGCUCUUCAGUUUGGUCAAUUCUCUCCUGGUGGAGAAUCCAGAGACAUUCCGAAGAAACCUGACCAUCCAGCGAUUCUCUGUUAUUCCCUUGUCCACUAAUUCUGGAUUGAUUGGCUGGGUCCCACACACGGACACCCUUCACUCACUCAUUCGUGACUACCGAGAGAAAAAGAAAAUUUUGUUGAACAUUGAACACAGGCUGAUGCUCAGGAUGGCACCUGACUACGAUCACCUGACCUUGAUGCAGAAGGUGGAAGUCUUUGAGCAUGCCUUGGAGCACACGCAGGGAGAUGACCUGGCUAAGAUUCUGUGGUACAAGAGCCCCAGUUCAGAGGUGUGGUUUGACAGGCGCACUAACUAUACACGAUCGCUGGCUGUGAUGUCCAUGGUGGGAUAUGUACUGGGACUUGGAGACAGACACCCAUCCAAUUUGAUGCUGGACAGGACAAGUGGGAAAGUGAUCCACAUUGAUUUUGGUGACUGUUUUGAGGUUGCCAUGGUGAGGGAAAAGUUUCCAGAGAAGAUACCUUUCCGUCUGACACGCAUGCUGAUCAAUGCCAUGGAGGUGACAGGUAUUGAUGGUAACUACAAGAUGACAUGUGAGAGCGUUAUGGAUGUCCUGCGAGAACACAAGGACAGUCUGAUGGCUGUCCUGGAAGCCUUCGUUUACGACCCGCUACUCAACUGGAGGCUCAUGGACACUACAGCCAAGGGAAAAACAAAAACCAAAGACUCGUACUCCGGGGGAAGUCAGGAACAGACAGACAUGUUGGAAAACGUCGACCUCAGUCAAGCAACACAUAAACGCUCCGCCCCCGAAGCUGUCAGUUCCAUCAAUGGCGAAAACUUUCAGUCAGAGGUCAUCAACAAGAAAGCCCUGUCUAUUAUUAAUCGUGUCAGGGACAAAUUGACCGGACGGGACUUCUCCUCGGGGGAUGCCAUCGAUGUCCCCACCCAAGUGGAACUCCUCAUCAAACAAGCCACCUCCCACGAAAAUCUGUGUCAAUGUUACAUUGGGUGGUGCCCUUUCUGGUGAAGGCUGCAAAUUGUAUUUACUGUGAAAUAACACCACAUUGUGAUGUGUGCCAUUGUAAAUCUAGUGUUGUUUAUAUACUGGUGUACUUGUAUCAAAGGACUGAAGUUUUUGUGUGUUAACUGCACAAUGUGUAAAAUAUGUACAAUGUUUGGAAUUUUAUAUUUAUGUCAGGUUAAUAUUUGGCAAUGUUAUUGUACCUAGUCAACAUCUUUGUCAGUAUACAGUUUAACCUACAUUCUGUAUUGUAGUGAUGUCCAAUGUUGAUGUGAUAAAUCGGUGUGUGUUGUAGAGAAAUGACAAGUAUAUAUAUACAAUUUAAUGAUGUCGAAUGUUGAUGUGAUAAAUCGGUGUGUGUUGUAGAGAAACGGUGGGUAUAUACGAUUUAAUGAUGUCUAAUGUUGAUUAAGAUUUGAUUACUGGUAAUGGCUGGUAUAUAUGAAUGAAUGAAGUCUAAUAUUAAUUUGUUUACCAGUAAUGUCAGGUAUAUACAAUUUAGUGAUUUGUAAUAUUGAUGUGAUAAAUGGGUGUGUGUUACAGACAAACAGUGGGUAUAUAAGUAUGCAAUAUAAUGAUUUUACAUAUAAUGAAAUGGUGAGUACAUUUUAGGGAUAUCAAUAUUGACAUGAUAAAUGGGUGCAUGUUACAGAGAAACAUUAAAUAUAUAGUUGUGUGAUUAGUGAUAUCAAUAUUGACAUUACUACCAGGUGUGUUGUAGAGAAACAUUAAAUAUAUAGUCGUGUGAUUAGUGAUAUCAAUAUUGACAUUAUUACCACGUGUGUUGUAGAGAAACAUUAGAUAUAUUGUCGUGUGAUUAGUGAUAUCAAUAUUGACAUUACUACCAGGUGCGUUUUAGAGAAACAUUAAAUAUAUAGUCGUUUGAUUAGUGAUAUCAAUAUUGACGUGACUACCAAUUGUUCAGAGAAACGGUAGAUAUAUAGUCAUGUGAUUAGUGAUAUCACUGUUGACGUGAUUAUCAGGUGUGUUGUAGAGAAACAUUAGAUAUACAUGUAUAGUGGUGUGAUUAGUGAUAUCAAUAUUGACGUGACUACCAAUUUUCAGAGAAACAGUAGAUAUAUAGUCAUGUGAUUAGUGAUAUCACUAUUGACGUGAUUACCAGGUGUGUGUUAUAGAGAAAUAUUGGAUAUAUAUUCAUUGAGCGAUGUCUAAUAUGCGAUUUAUAUACUCGGUAGUCAUGCACACUAAAUUUUUAUCAAACAACAUAAUUAUUGAUUUUAUUGAGCAAUUCUUCAUAGCUUACAUUUCAUUCCAGUAUUAAUCAGACUUUUACUUUUAAAUUGACUGAUAUUCCAAUCAAGUUUUAAUAUUAAACUAAUCUACUGUCUAAUUAUGCCCACAAAUACUCUGUUCUAUUUAAGUUUAUGAAUACAUGUACAUGUAACUACUGAUACAUUGCACCUGAAAUGACAGUUUGUUCUAUAUUAUGUGUAUGAUUAUUAAAGGUAAUACAGAAAA